AUGUCUCAUAGCCAGUACGUCAACGAGAAGUUCGUUGAAGAAGCCAAGGUACGGGGCGAUGGUCUCUGCAUCACCAGCAGUCCUGAUGUUGUCAAUAAGUACCAUUUUGAUGAACAUGAUUUGGAUGGGAUCCAACGCCAUCUUGACCAGCGCCACGUGCAAAUGAUUGCUAUUGCCGGUACCAUUGGAACUGGAUUGUUCCUGGGUUCCGGACAAGCCAUUUCCCGCGCCGGUCCUCUCGGCGCGUUGAUUGCAUACCUCUUCAUCGGCACAGUCGCGUACGCCACAAUGUGUAGCGUUGGGGAGAUGACCUCCUUCGCGCCUGUAUCUGGCUCUUUUCCUCACUUUGCCGCACGAUGGGUUGAUCCUGCCUUCGGUUUUGCUACUGGUUGGAAUUAUUAUUUUACCCAGGCAGUGUCCAUACCAGUUCAAAUAUCCGCGGCGCAAAUCAUCCUCACAUUUUGGGAUCCUAACACGAAACAUGUCCCUAUCUACAUUACAGUGAUUUGCAUCAGCAUGAUCGCGGCAAACUUAUUUGCCGUUCGCCUGUUUGGUGAAUCAGAGUUCUUCUUCUCAAUCAUCAAACUUUCCUUGAUCACUGGUCUCAUCAUUGCUGGCUUGAUUAUUGAUUUGGGCGGUCGAUUCCUAGCCACCAUUGGUGUCCUCGUUCAAGCUGCUUUCUCGUACGGUGGAAUGGAAGUCGUUGCUAUUGGUGCUUGCGAGGCACGGAAUCCAAGACGAAACGUUGGCAGAGCGAUACGACGAGUUUUCAGCCGCGUCCUCAUCUUGUAUAUCUUGGGCAUCCUUAUUACGGGUAUGAUUAUCCCGUAUGAUGAUCCGAAUUUGUUGAACCCUACCGGUUCUGGCACCGCUGCUCAGUCGCCGUAUGUCAUCGUGAUGAAUCGAGCAGGUGUCAAAGUCUUACCACACAUCAUCAACGCAUGCGUCUUUACCUCUGCCUUCUCCGCUGGUGCCUCCGCUCCCCGCGUGUUCAUACGCACCGCUUCGAAUGGCCUUCCGAUCAGUGCCGUUGUCGUUUCAUCGGUUUUCGCCUUCCUCUCCUACCUUACCGUUGGCCAUGGCGCAAACACUGUGUUCAAUUGGUUCGUCAUCUUGAGUAGUGGUGGAGGAUUCUUCGGAUCGUUGUCCAUUAACGCCACCUACAUUGGAUUCUGGCGUGGACUUCGUGCGCAUGGGAUCGAUCGCACUAAAUUUGCCUAUUUCUCAAGUUUACAACCCUACCUUUCCAUAUGGGGUACCUUCUGGCUUACGAUCCUUAUUUUGAUCAAUGGUUUCGACGUUUUUUGGACCCCCAGCGUUUCCGGAUUCUUAACAGCUUACAUCAACAUUCCAUUAGUGAUUUUACUCUUUGUUGGGUGGAAAAUGUUCAAACGCACGCAUUGGUGGACACCCGAAGAGAUGGAUUUCGUCACUGGCAUUCCGACCAUUCAGGAAACGGAAGAGGAGGAAAUACCGCCGAGGAACCUCGGAGAGAAGAUCGCUGCCAUCCUUUUCUGA